GGGGGGUGGGGGGCUGCAGUCAGUACCGGAGCUGCCCCUCGUGUUGCCUGGCGUUGCCGGGCUCCCACCAGCGUCCAGCGGAGCAGGCUGAAGAAGUCACUCCUGCCUGUACAGGGUCCGUGUCCUGUUCUGUCCCCCAGGCUGGGGUUGAGGGUGCUGGCUCCCUUAGCUCUCCACCCUGUGUCCAUGAGGAGGGUGGCCAAGCUGUCCCGUUCUCUAGUCUGGUAUUCUCAACCUCCAACGUUCAAAAAUUGUAAAUCUGGCCCCCAAAUCAUGUGACUUUAAUAAACUUUUGGUUUUUUUAUUUGCAUUCUGGGUUUUGAUUCAUUUGGGUCAUGUUUUCCAGCAUUUCUCUGUACCAGAAAAGGUUAGAAAGGUACAAAACCACAAAAGGUUAAGAGAAAGCUAAGAUUCUCAUGUAAUCACCUGCCUUCAGAAACUGGGGCAUUAAGAAGACCUACUAUUGCAAGACACAUUGAAUUUGUAAGAGUUGGUAACAGUAGUCCUUUGGUUGUUUCUGGGUCCUUGGACACACUUAAGCUACCCCGAUUUGUAGGAACUAGUACAGGGAGGAGAGGCAUGUGAUCCAUUCCCAGUGAAAAGCAUGAUAUCUAAGUUUUCUCUCUCAAAUGUUUUUGGUGCUUGUGUAUGCAAAUUCCUGCCGGUUACCUUUUAAAUGUUGAGGUAGGGAUCAGUUUCUGCUAUCUGUGUGUGAGUGCGUGCACGUGUGUGUAGUGUUCACAUCAGAAAUUCACUGUCAUCAGGGUUCCCCUCACUGACAAUAAACAAAGGCCAAUUAUAGAAGAAAGCAUCAAGGCCUAGACUUUUUCUUACUUUAGGAGGUUCAACCCUUUGUUAUUGCCUCUGCCACUUCAUAAUCCUUGAAUUAGCUUUUUCCAGAGAUGGGGGCGAAAAAAAGCAUCCAUCUCAUCUCCCCUUAGCAGCCAUUCUGGUUCUCGCUCCCUACAUUUAAACCAUGUUGUACUACUCAUGCUCCCUGGUGAGACAGUCCAUCAUGCUGUCCCAGUGAAAUAAAAAUAGGAUGACACUCCCAACAUGCAGUCCUUCACCCUGAAAUGAAUCUUGUAUAUGAGCUACCCUGAUCAGCUGAUCCUGGCUAACUGUGUAUACCUAUUAGCUGUAGUUUCCGUCAUACACCUCCUUAGGAGUCCAAGCAGGUCUUUCCUUCUUCCUUAUUCUCCUUUCUUCCCCCAUACAUGCUCCUUUACUCUUAUUUUUAUUGUGGCUGGAUGUGCUCCACAGAAGUGCUGUCCUCCCCUCUCUCAUGGAGACUGUAGAAUUCAGUAUGGUAGCACCUCAGAAUCCAAAAACACUCCUAAGGCUUUAGUUCCUAAACCUUUUUUCCUGUAUCAUAGUGUUUUCUCUUACCACAUUAAAUAGAAAGAACAGCUAUAAAAUUGAUUCUCUUUUCGUUUUUAUAACUAUUCGUUUAUGUAACUUUGCUCAGCACAAAAUUAUUUUUUAUUUAUAAACAGGAAGAUCUACGUAUAAAAGACUGAUCAUCAGAGCACAUGGUUUGUUACUACUAGUUCUUGAAGAACCAGAUCAUCUGCAUUAGACAAAUCCUGAGCAGCAGAAUGGAUACCUGUAGGAAACUUGCAGAUUAGGAAAAAAAAUUGCUUCGAGAUUCAAACAACUCUGGAAAAAAUAAAGCAGAGUUGAAAAAGUUGGUGGAUGAUUUGCCAUUACUUUGAAAUGUGCCUUCCUUUAAAAACCAAAUACUUCAAGAUGUUUGAUCAUGCAAGAUCACCUUUCUGAAGACUCCCUGCACAGGAUAGCGUGAGCUGAAUCUUCUGCCUAUCUUGAUCAUCAUUCUGCAGCGAUAGAAUUAGAAAAAAAAAUGGCUGGACCAUUAACCAAUGUGACAAUAUGUAAAGACAAAGAAGGAAAACCCAAGUCUUUUGGAUUUGUCUGCUUUAAGCACACAGAAUCAGUGCCUUAUGCUAUAGCUCUGCUGAAUGGAAUCCGUUUAUAUGGAAGACCAAUUAAAGUACAGUAUCGAUUUGGGAGUUCCUAUUCACCAGAGUUAAACAGCCCUAGUCAAGGUUCUGAGAACUGGGUUGACAUAUAUUCACCAACAUAUAGGAAUCAAGAGCCUUAUGGCAGUCCUCCAUUUCCCAUUACUCCUUUUCCAAUGAACAAUAGUUUAUCUCAGGAAUAUUCAGUCUUUCAAAAGAUGAUGAACCAUUUUUUAACACAGCAGUAUGCUGUUUACAGUCCAAUGGAACAGCAGCUUCCUUACUAUCAGAUGACUCCACCACCAUCUUCAGUUUUGCCCAUGCCACCCUAUAUGAAUCCUGUUGAGGAUUUUAAAGCUGGGCAAAGCUCUUUUGAGUGGGUUCCUCCACAGCUGAGCGACUGUGAAUCAUACCUGGCUAAUGAAAAUGCUUGUAAAAGAAAAAGAGAGCAGCAAACUAGUGAUAGUGACAGUAGCAUGGAAAAUGACAGAAAAAAACAAAGAGAACAUGGCCAAAAAUACCGGAAGUGUAAAGUCAAGAAAAAAAGGCACUAAUACUGUGUGACUGAGUUCAGUUUUUUUUUAAUUGCACUUUUAUUUGUUCUUUUUAUUUGAGAGUGAGCAUCUCUCUCAUUUUUGCACUUUACAAAAAUGGAUUCACAAGAUUCAUGACUAUUAUUUUUGAAAUGUAGUAUGUAUAAAGUAUCCUGACAUUGCAGUUAACAUAUUUGGAGGAAGAAAUCCUUCUAAAAAAGGUAUAGGAAAAGUAUUGUAAAAGUUGAACUUUUCCUAAUAAAGGACAAAAGCA